GAGAGAGAGAGAAAGAGAGAGGACAGAGAGGAGCCGAGCGAGAAAAAUCACUGUCACUCCAACAGUUCACCCCCGCGACGUCGGAAUUUUGCGCAUUUCCCUCAAAACUACGCGGUUUUACAACGGAACCAAGCGCUGCCAAGUGGACUGCUGAUCGAAGGGACGCACGCGGACCUCUGGAAAGGCACGGUAAAGUUCGCCACGGAAAGUUCAGAUUCAACACCAGGACCUGUUUAUUGAAGACAGUCCAUCCCUCGUUCAUUAAAAGGCUACAUUCUCUGAUAGGUCGGCGUAGGAAGUGUGUGCCGUACCAUCCGGGCCCAAAUGGAUUCUACUGCCUGAAUCGAAGUAUUGUCCAGCUCUCCCCUGUAUUCUUCUGAAGCCCUCAUCAUUCCCGCUCCACAGUCGGUCGGUGCAGCCUGUGGUUUGAUGGAGGGGUUUCCUGUUCACUGACCCCAACGACCCCCACCCAAACCCCCACCCUAGCCCCACCCAUCAGCCAUGUCUGCCUGCAGCACCUUCACCGAGCAUGUGUGGAAACCGGGCGAAUGUAAGAACUGCUUCAAACCCAAGAGCCUGCACUGCCUGACGGGGAGCGGAGGAGGAGCCAGACCUGUGCCAGAGCAGAGGCCUUCAGGGACGCACCACCAGGGUGUACCACCGGGGGGCGUCAGGGCAAACACCGGGGUAUCGCUCAACGCACAGAGGCCAGGCAGCGGAUCAGCCAGGACCGGACAUUUCCGACCUCCUGUGGCCAAGAAGCCGACCAUCGCUGUGAAGCCUACGAUGAUGCUCCCCUCCUCUCCAACUUCUCCAACUUCUCCAACUUCUCCAACUUCCCCAACGUCCCCAACUUCCCCGACAUCUCCAACUUCUCCGUCAUUAGGACUUGAUUCGGAUGGAAACAGCAUUCAAUCUCCCAUAAACUCCCAAGUCGAACCAGGAAAAACGUCCGCAUUCACAGUUUGGACCCACAACGGACUCAACCAAAAGAGACCGAUUAACAAUAACAACAAUGAGGGUGAAGGAGGAAGCCAAGAGAUUGAAGGUUACGGACCACUUAGCCCACGCACACCGAGCGGGAACAACAAUAGCAGCGGAUUGACUGAUGUUUUGAAAGAAAUCGCAGGUUUGGGGCCUGGUCCGAGUUUGCCUCCACUUUCAGGAUCUAAAGACUUGUUCUGGGGUCGAAUUAGCUCCUCGUAUCGAAAAUCAUUGGAAAGAGGGCUGCCUGCUGCAAGCUGUUUAGCCAUGGGAAGUAGUAGUAGCGGAGGGGACGGUCCAAGUGGUGGUCCGAGUUCGUUGCAAAAGCGUGUCUCAUUAAGUGAUAGUGCGGAAAUUAUAAGCCGGGAGGGAGGGCGGUUUUGUUACCCAGAAUUCUCAAGUGAGGAUGAGGAUGAUGAAGACGAUGAUGAUACUGAAAGAGAGGAAGAGCAUGAAAGUUGGGAUGAGAGUGAUGAGGAGUUGUUAGCAAUGGAAAUCCGUAUGCGGGGACAGCCACGGUUUGCGAAUUUCCGAGCAGCUACGUUGUCCCCCGUGCCAUUCGCAGCUGGGAAAAAGUGGAAUACUGUCCCACUACGGAAUAGGUCACUGCAAAGAAUCUGCGCAGUUGAUUACGAUGAUAGCUACGAUGAAAUUUUGAAUGGUUACCCCUCUAUGGGUUCAAAUGGAAGUCUCAUGCCGUACGGACAUCACAAUUUGCAAGGGAGUGGAUUUCUGUCAAAUUCUGAAACUACAACUUCCCCUGAAUCAUCUUCUUCGCAGCCUGAAGAUUCACGGACAACCUCAAGCAGUGGCAGCAGCGCCCCCUGUAUGAUAAAAAAUGGUUUGCAGUCACCUACGUCUCCAAAUGUCCAAUGCACUUCUCCAAAAAGCCCAGUCAAAGUUACUGAAACGCACACGUCAGUUUUGGCAAUCAGGUUAGAGGAUCAAGAAGGUAAAGAGGGUGCCCCCAUGCCUCAAGCCAUCCAAGGACAGCCUGUUACAAUUAGCUUUAGCCCGACAGAGGAGAAGGCUAAACCAUAUCGCGUUGUCAAUCUAGAAAAAUCACUCAUAUGCAAGCCUUACACUGUAGUUGAUGUAUCAGCGUCUAUGGCUAGCAAAGAUGAACAAGUUAGCAAUUCUACGCCUAAAUCUCCUACUGUUUCAAGUCCCACUAUCCCGACACCACUGCCCAAGACUUUUUCCAGCCAACCACUUUCCCCAACCUCUCCAUGUUUUGCCAUUUCACCAAAAACACCAAUUUCUGUAGCACCAAUUCCUGCCUCUCGCAAAAAACCUGGCAACAUACGCUACCAGGAAGUGUGGACAUCUAGCACGAGUCCAAGACAGAAAAUUGCAAAAGUCGAUUUCGGAAAUGGAAGCAAUUCGGGAUCUUCUGUCACUACUCAAUAUUACAAUCACAAAUCCGCUCCUACCUCUCCGAUCGCUGGAUUAUCGUCUUCACGCACUGUUCCGGUUAAAUCCCCAAAUUUAUCUGAAAUCAAAUUUAAUAGUUUCAACAAUGCAGGGAUGCCUCCUUUCCCCAUUAUCAUUCGUGACGAGCCAGCGUAUGCACGUAGCUGUAAGAACGCAGUAAAAGUCCCCAUAGUGAUCAAUCCAAGCGCGUAUGACAACUUGGCGGUAUACAAGAGCUUUUUAGGAGUAUGUGGUGAGCUGCCCCCACCUAAAGGUGCAGGGAGCAGGGUGGCAAGUCACACUUAUGAAGAAAUUGGGUCAUCCGAAAGUGUCCAGUCGUCAUCUACGGACAAAACUAUCUCCGGUAGAGGUACUUCAGAGCGAGCUUCAUUUGAGGACAAGAAAUCACAACCGGAAUUGUCUGCAAAAGCUUCAAAUUUACAAGCCAGGACUAAUGUAGACUCCAGCACAGUGUCCAGUACCAGCUCUCAAUCUGUCUGCAUUCAACCUAUUUCUUUGACAAGUUCACCAGCUAAUUCGGCCAUAGCUAAAAGUAGUCCGAGUACUAGUACGUCAUCUAGAAUAACAGGAGAUUGUAAGAAAGAUGCUAAUGAUGUGACUUAUAGAUCUAUAGGAAGCCACAGAGAAGAAGCAAGUGCUGUGCUUUCACAAAUUGUAACGUCAAUCCAACCUCCGCAGACACCUCCGGAUUCGCCAACAUCGCAGGACAAAAGCAUGGAAGAGUUGUAUUCUCUACCUCCCGAUGCUAUAAAAGAGACGCUCAUAAGACCCAAAUCAUUCUUUACCUCUGCCGACGUUGGGUUUAAGUCCAAAAAAGAUACCCCAUCAAAAGUUUUAUCAAAAUCCCAAAGCGCAUCCGCAGCAGUGUCGCUUUCUAGCCCAAAAUCAGAGCAAAAUCCGCCAUUCCCUCCGCCCAGAUCAACAUCGUCGCCGUACCAUGCCACCAAUAUACUACAGAGACACUUCGCCAAUUGGACAAAAAGUUCAGGAUCUCCGUCAAGACAGACUGAAGGCGACGGAGAUGGAAGACGUGGAAAUUCGGAAAGCGCCAAACCGAAACGCUGGAUAUCGUUUAGGAGUUUUUUCAAGAGGCGAAAAGAUGACGAUGAUCAGAAAGAAAAAGUUGAAAAGGAGAAAGGGAAGUUGGUUGGAUUAGAUGGGACGGUUAUACACAUGCUCCCAGCUCCACCUGUGCAGCAGCAUCAGUGGUUUGCAGAGGCCAAGCCAGAAGAUCCGAACCAGAAACCAACGAUAAUAUUCACGUAUAAGCCAGACAGUGGACCAGGAGAGGGGGAGCUGAGGAUAGAGGAGGUGAGAGAGACAGCGCUGAUAAACCCAGAAGAAAGCCUGAAACCUGCAAGUCAAAGAAGAACACCAUCUCCAUCGACUCAACCAGCCAGCCAAGUCUCUCUGCCUGUGAGUCGGUCUCGGGAUGUGGACGUUCGGGGCAUCACACCACUGCCCUCUAAAGUGGACCUGGGUCUGGUUCUGGGGGAGGAGCUGAUAAACCAGGCCCUGACCUCUGCUGCAGUGAGUGAAGGCAGUGCCAGCCUCGAGGAGCCAGAGGAAGAGCCCUCCAACCACUCCCACUCUCCUGCCUCCAGCCAGUGCAGCGCCACCUACAGCAACCUCGGUCAAUCCCGAGCCAACAUGAUCCCGAUGAAGCAACCUCGCAAUAUGAAAUCAUCCAACGACACGCUGGCGUCUUUAGAUUUGGACGAUCUACCUGUUCCCAAAGCUACUCCUCCUCCUCUACCUAAGAAAAACGUCCCACGAUCCUGCACUGAACCGAUAUUAAAAGACACACAAGUUUCUAAACCUAGGGCAGAAGCCAAACCAGGAGGGACAAACUUAAGCGUUGCCAAUCCUUUGUACGAUCUUGAUUCGACUUGGGAAACAGCUAGCCAAAGUUCAUCCCUUAGCUCUGAACCGCAUCGUCUGCAAGAUCAUGAAAGCGGAGACUCUUUGGAAAGACCCAGCAACCACAAAAGCCGUCCCGUGAAUAGCAUGUCAUGUUUGUUAGUGCAAAAUUCAGCUCAGAGAGAAAGAAAGGGGUAUUUAAGCACAGAGUGUCUAACGGGACGAGCUAAAGCUAGCAGUACAAAUAGAGGUGUAACUAAGCAACAACAAACCCCCAAACCUGCGCUUUACAAAGGACUGGACAGCUGGGACGAGGUUGUGGGGAGGAUAAGGGGGCUCCACGCGGAUACGCUGAGGAAAUUAUCGUCGAAAUGUGAAGACAGGUUUAUGGCAGGACAAAAGGAUCAUCUACGGUUUGGGAUGGACAGUUGGUCAGAUUUUCGGUUGGUUACGGGGAAGCCUUGCUGUGAGGCGGGAGACGCAGUCUACUACACGGCAUCGUACGCCAAGGAUCCGGCCACCAGCUACGCCAUCAAGAUUUGCAGGAGUAAAGUGAAAGGGACGCAGCAACAGUUCUUCCACAGUCUGGCCGUGAGACAGAGUCUGCCCCUGCACUUCAAUAUCCAACAGGACUGUGGGCAUUUCCUGGCUGAUGUCCCGGGACGCCUGCUGCCCUGGGAGGAGGAGGAAGAGGAGGAAGAGGAGGAGGGACUGAAAGACAAAGAAAGUGAUGAAGCUAAACCCACAGACUCCAAAGAAAAUGUUAAAGAGGAGGAAGCCUCGAGCAGUGGCCUGAGCUGUGGGUCUUUGAGGAGCCGUGUGGUGGUGAUCACUCGAGAGGUGCCCUUCCAGACGGUGGCAGACUUUGUACAUGACGGCGUCUCUCGUCACACUCUGAACCCAGAACUGUACGAGCGACAGGUGUGUCUCCUGCUGCUACAGCUCUGCUCUGGGCUAGAGCACAUGAAGCCCUUCCAGGUCACACACUGCGACCUGCGCCUCGAGAACCUGCUGCUGGUGCACAGCCCGCCCCCUACUGGCCAGGACCCCUUGGAGCCCAACAACAACAGCAGCAGCUCUACGGCUAAUCUGAGCACUGCUAAUGCUACGGCUAACCUGAGCUCUGCUAAAGUUACAGCUAACCUGAGCUCUGCUAAUUCUACAGCUAACCUAAGCUCGGCUAAUGCUACGGCUAACCUAAGCUCUGCUAAUGCUACGGCUAAUACUGUCUCUAGCUCCACCUGCCCCGCCCGCCUCAUCAUCAGUAACUUUUCUCAGGCCAAGCAGAAGUCCUCUCUGAUGGUGGACCCUGGGACUCUGAAGGACCAGUCUCGUCUGGCCCCUGAGAUCAUUACAGCCACUCAAUACAGAAAGUGUGAUGAGUUUCAAACAGGGAUCCUGAUCUAUGAGAUGCUUCACCGACCCAACCCGUUUGAGGAGCAUCCUGAGCUGAAGGAGCGUGAGUACACGUGGGCGGACCUGCCCCCUCUGCCCAUGCGCUCACUCUACUCCCAGGGUCUGCAGAGACUGGCCCGGCUCCUGCUCACCGUCAACCCCACCGAGAGGAUCCGCAUGUCGGACGCCCGCGCCUGUCUGCAGUGUCUGCUGUGGGGGCCCAGGGAGGAUCUAUUCACUGCUCUGGGCUGCAGUACCGCUGGCGUGCUGUCGGGGGCGUCACACUGCGAGGCCACACUACAAAACUGGCUGGACCUGAAGAGAACUUUAAUGAUGAUAAAGUUUGCAGAGCGUUCGAUGGACUUGGGCUGUGGGGUGGGGCUGGAGGACUGGCUUUGCUGUCAAUAUCUAGCCUUCGCCUCCACUGAGUCCCUGAGCCGUGUGGUGCACAUCCUACAGCAGCCACAGGGGGGCGCUCACAAUCACAACCAAACUCAAAGCGGGCCCACCCUGGUCCACAGUAACAGCACCCCUCUCUCUCACCUCCACCUGACCCCCUCCCAACUCUGACUGUCACCAUGGAAACAGGACUUGGCAAAUCCCUGGAUCUGUGGGAACUCCCAGAAUUCCCAUAUCAGUUUUCCACAUUUUUACAACAAUUCAUCAAAGUAUUUUAUAGCUUAUAGUGUCACCUGAUGUUCUGUAUGAUUAGUGAAGCCUUUUUAGACAAUUUAGGAUUUAUGGUUUCAGCUUCAAUCCUCAUUUUAAUAUAAAAGGAUCAUAAAAUCUAUUUCAAUUUAUGUAACAAUGAAAGAGAUUAAUGAAGAGAAAGUAUUUAAUAUAAAGGCAAUCAAAAUACGCCAUUUAUAUUUUAAUCAACAGUUAUCCCAUGACAUAAACCAAAGAUUAAAGAGGGGGUUUUAUGAAAAAUCAAUUUUUUGAGCUUUCUACCAUGUUAUAAACGUGUUGCCUCAUCAAAAACAUGCCUUAAGAGGUUUUAGAUGUCAUCCAUGCAUGUUUAAGUAAUCUAGUGAUCUCUCCUGGGCCCUAUUUGAACCCUCUUUAUGGUAAACUGUAAGAUCCUGUACAAGACUACAUCACAUAAAUAUACAAAAGCAUGUACUCAGCAACUUACCAAUGUGUGAUGUGUAGUAGUUUUCAUUAGUGGGAUGCACAUUGAUUUUGUUGCGAUAGCGCUCUGAAGGGGGGGUGACUUAAUGUAGAGAGCAAAGGUUGGGGAUACUCAGAGUGUCAAAAACGAAAGUUAAACUUAUAAAAUAUAUUAAGAUGCUGUUUGGGGCGAAUAUAGCAUUUUAAAAACAUUAAAUAUGAUACAAUAUCUAUGAUCUAAAUAUUUUAUGAGUUAGCAGUUAAUACCCCAGAGAAAAAAAUACCCCCUCUUUAAGUACUGUUCGAAAUAGUCUGUUACAGUUACUAUUUUCCUUUAAUGUAGCUUUAAUUUUAGAGAUUGACUUCAUUUAAUAUUUUGAACAGAGAUAUGAACAAAUAUUGACAGUGGCACAUAAACUCACUAAUUACAGCCAAUUUCUGCAUAAAAGAAACACAUUGAGCCCUACAUAAAUCUUUUGUGGAACAUGUGAGCGUGUUAUGGACUGCAAAAGUUGUUUCUAUGGUGAAAGUUGGUUUUGGCGUUACAUGAUAUUUGCACAUUCACUCGGCAAAGACUGAGGAGGACUCCAGAACUUUAAGGGAACUUUGGGAUUUUUGAUACAAGAGGACUGUUUAAAGUUUGCCUGGACAUUUUUGGACCUGCUCAUAUACGAUUCUUUUUCAAACCACUUUCCACCACUUUUUUGUAGAGCAGACAGUAGAUUUUUAGUUUUAUUUUGGUUGCAUCAAAACCGCUUCAUGAUAUACAUUCAGAUCUUAUAUGGAAAAGAUAUCACUCCGAGCUACUGUUCAACCUGCACAGCUUUUUAUUGUAGACCUGAUCUCAAACACCUGGUAGUUGCUUGAGGAGUGUUGAUCUUCAUAUUAUUGGAAACCUACAUUUGUUUUGUAAUUUUAUGGCAUCAUUUAAGCUGCAUUUCGUAAAUUUUUCUGGUUUGGAAUACACUACAUGCCUGUUUCCAUGGAGAUAUUAUUACUUUGUCUGGAAUGUUCCACAGUAUGGUACUAAAACUUAACCAAAUUUGCAUUUCUUAAAACGAAUUCCUUGAAAAACAUGUGUUCUUACAGUGAGCAGGCACUCCACUCCACAGACCUAACCUGUAACUUGGCGUGGUGGCGUCAGGCAAAACAAUAACACCUCCACAGAGAGAAGGCGACAAACCCUCUACCAGAAAAGUUACAUAGUGGAACUUAAAUACACACACGCACACGUCUCCAUAGUGACAGUGUUAACAUUAUUUUUAAUCUUCUAUCAUGGAUCAAAUGCAGUAAAUACUUAAUAACACAACACAAUCUACUAAAGGUGUAUUAUGUAACUUUUCUAAUGUGGGGUCUGUUACCUGCUUGUCUCCAUGGAGAUGUUAUUGCUUUGCCAGAAAUGUUCUACACAGUGGCAUUAAGCGUAUCAUCUGGGGUUAAUGAAAUGCCAAAUGUUUUAUUGCUCUAAAACACAUUCAAACAAACAUGGAUUCUUACAGCGAGCAGGCACUCCUCUCCACAGAUCUGGCGCGUAACUUGGCCGAGACGCACCGCUUUUUGCACACGUUUAAUGGUUCUUCAGAAAAGUUUCGUAGUGCAACUUUAUUUUACUCAUUGAAUCAGUGCCAUAUUGUGAAACAUUCAAUCGAAGCAACAAUGAGACAAGAAGGUCCUCCAGAAAAAUGUCAUAAUGCAGCUUUAUUUUACUCAUUCAAUCAUUUUAAGGCGAUAAUUAUGGUCCACAGUAUGCUCAGAACAAGCAGUGUGCGUUUGUUGUUGUAGAUUUUGAUUUGAGGAGUGCGUGUGGACAGCACUGGUGGCCGUCCUUUGUAUUGUAUUGAAAAAAGCCUUUAUAAAGUCUAGUACAUAGCAUUUAUAUCUUAUGUAUAAUCUCACCGUUUUGUUGAACUUGCAGCACCUGUUGUGUUAAAAUAAUUUGAAUUUCUAUCACUUUAGCUUGUUUUGCUGUAAGAAGUGCUAUGUGUUUAACCAAUAAGAAUAGGGGAACUAAUAUAAAUGACUGUACAGUAUUUUAACCCCUUGUAAAUGUUAAACCACUUUCAGGCCAAAAGAGGGCGCCAUUUUAACAUAUUUACGACUUGCAUAAAUACGUUGAUGUGUUUUUUUUCUUAAUUUGAAUUGCCACUGAAGCAGAUAAACAAUAGCUUUGUCAUAGGUUUAAAAUGUACAUUGUGCGCUCUGACCUGCCAGUGUUGACUGUUGAAGUUAACCAACAAUAUGGCCACAAUAAAUGUUUUUAGAAAUGAAA